AUGCACGGAGCCGGUCACAGUUUGACGGGCGCCCCGCAUCAAAUUCCGCCGCCACGUACUCAGGGAGCGGCGACGGGCGGCCAGCAGCUCUCCGCCACCGCCAAUCAAUUCGUCGAUAAGAUUGAUCCGUUCCACAAUAAGCGUGGCACUUCGCGACGGCUACGCAUCAACAACAGCAGCCGCUACAAUGUCGACUCGGCACAGGAGCUCAUUCAGCUUCCAAUGAUCAAGGACACGGCCAGCAACGAGCAGCCAGCCCUGGUCAUCGAAAAACUCGUCCAAUGCCAGCACGUCUUUGAUUUCUACGAUCCGGUUGCUCAGCUUAAGUGUAAAGAAAUCAAGCGAGCCGCCCUUAACGAGCUGAUUGAUCAUAUCACGUCGACGAAAGGCGCAAUCGUUGAGACAAUCUAUCCGGCGGUGAUUAAGAUGGUCGCCAAGAACAUUUUCCGCGUCCUGCCACCGUCUGAAAAUUGUGAAUUCGAUCCGGAAGAGGAUGAGCCCACUUUGGAGGUCUCCUGGCCUCAUUUGCAGCUGGUCUACGAACUGUUCCUCCGUUUCCUCGAAUCGCCGGAUUUCCAAGCUUCCAUCGGAAAGAAGUACAUUGAUCAACGAUUCGUGCUGAAACUGCUCGACUUGUUCGAUUCGGAGGAUCCGCGCGAGAGGGACUUCCUGAAGACGGUCCUUCAUCGGAUUUAUGGAAAAUUCUUGGGACUGCGGGCCUUUAUUCGUAAACAUAUCAAUAAUAUGUUUUUGAGAUUCGUCUACGAGACGGACUCGUUCAACGGCGUCGGCGAGCUUCUGGAGAUACUCGGAUCGAUUAUCAACGGAUUCGCGUUGCCGCUGAAACAAGAGCACAAGGUUUUCCUGGUCAAAGUGCUCCUUCCACUUCACAAACCCAAAUGUCUAUCGUUGUAUCAUGCUCAGCUCGCCUACUGUGUCGUCCAGUUCAUCGAGAAGGACUCGUCGCUCACUCCGCAGGUCUUCGAUGCGCUGCUCAAGUUCUGGCCACGUACAUGCAGUAGCAAGGAGGUGAUGUUCCUUGGCGAAGUGGAGGAGAUACUCGACAUCAUCGAGCCGGAGCAAUUCAAAAAGAUCAUCGAUCCGUUGUUCCGUCAGCUAGCCAAAUGCGUCAGCAGUCCGCAUUUCCAAGUCGCCGAACGGGCUCUCUACUUUUGGAAUAACGAGUAUAUUCUGUCGUUGAUCGAGGAUACCUCCAGUUUGGUGAUGCCAAUAAUGUUCCCAGCCCUAUACCGUAUCUCCAAGGAGCACUGGAAUCAGACGAUCGUCGCUCUGGUCUACAAUGUGUUGAAAACUUUCAUGGAGAUGAAUGGAAAACUGUUCGAUGAGCUAACAUCAACCUAUAAAGGAGAACGUGUUCGUGAGAAACAACGCGAGAAGGACAGAGAUUUGUUCUGGAAGAAGCUGGAAGCGCUCGAAUUGGAUCCGCCUGCCGAGGGAAAAGAAGUCUCGCCAUCGAUGUUUCCCGAGAAGCUCAGUGAUUAUAUGAAGAGGAUGAAGAUAAACUGGCUCCGCCCCUCCUUCUACAGUACUCCUCUUCCUACAGUAAUCCACUUCCUACAGUAUAUUGCUACUUGA